CGAAAAUUGACCUGCUGGUACCUGACUAAAUCACCAGAUUCUGGCCGUUGCAGCGCGGGAAACACCGGCACAGCCAACUGACAAACCAACCUGCUCCCUCGCACGACUCUCGCACGGCAGCACGGCCGUUGCGACUCUCACAAUGCGACUGGCUCGUGCCCUUGCAUUAUCCCAAAGCCAGGUUGCUCUGACAAGAUCUUAGAUCUAAAGUUUUGGUACCAAAUCCGUGCUUAUCUCCCCCACGCGGGGCUGUUCCUGGUCCUUGUCCUCUGCUCUGGGACAACCACCGACAACCACCCACACUCCUGUAGGCUCUAGGACAUCCUUCUACUAUGUAGUACAGGGCACUGUUGUGGGUUUCAAGGGUCCAGAAUGGCCAGAAUGUCCAGAAUGGCGAGACCACACGCCCCAGCAGUGGCCUUCCCUCACCAAAAUCACCGAGGGGCGGGAUCGUCUCUCGCCAUGUGCGUCAUCCAUGCCUGCUGACCCCAUCUGGGUUGCAGUUGGGCUAGGACCGCUCGUUCGCCCUGCUGUGCAGCAGCACGAGUCGGUUGCGCCUCGGCGUCUCUUCGCUUGUCGGCUUUUUUGCCCCAAAACACGCUACGCGCUACUUUGAAGUAUUGCCGGCCUGUCAAAGUGGUAGCGCCAGCACACACGGUGGCACGGUAUGGAUGUUGCUGCGAGGGCUGCGAGGUCAUGUGGUUUUCUCCGGUGACCCUGGCCUCGGAUAUAUCCAUAGAGACUGUACACUACCUAGGCAUGUACAUGCGGCCCUACUCCAGAAUUCUGUUCCCUGGAGGACCGGUUCAGUCCGGCCCAGCCAUGCCCUGUCAAGCAAGCCAGCCAGCCAGCCAGCAAGCAAGCAAGCGCGACCGGGUCAUGGCAUGGCAGGCCAGGCCAGGCCCGGAUGGGACAGGACCGGGGCAAGAGAGGCGGAUCAACGCUGACGAGUUCGUUGUACGUUGAUAUCCAACCUCGGGUCCUAACCGUCGAUCGGUCGACUCGGUCCCCUCCCAUGAGAGAUAAGGCUGGACCCUCACUUCAUAUUUAGUCCUGCUUGAUCCCACGAGUGCUUUUGCCACCGCUAUUCUCCCUUUCCUUUCCAUCUCUGUCACUUUGGCAAGACUCACCCACGAGGCCAGUCCUUACCGCCUUCAAAGUCCGGUCCGGAGCUUCAACGCCGACAAAAGGACGUCAUCCCAGUCCUUUCCCCGUGGCCACUUGAAAAAUCAGCCUCGGUGGUUCGGCUUCACACGACCAAGACCUGACCCGAUCCGCGAAUUCCUUCUUACCUUGGUCAACUAGGUCUCGUGUGUGUCUUAUUCUGGCCGACUAACCCAGCUGUGCAUCAACUACACAAGCUGUAAAAGUCCUAAUCACCACCCACAUCCGGCCACCCGCCCCACAAGCAGUCGACGACCAUUCCGGAAGACUCACCCCACAUUUCUUACCAAUAUGGCCGACUACAACAUCACGGCCGCCCAAGAAGCGGGCUCCACCGACAAGAAGGCCGAGAAGACCAUCAGCGCCAGUGCGAGCCAACAAGGCUCAGGCUCAGGCAUGUUCGGGCAGACAGAGGUCGGCGAGGUGACGGACUGGAAUGAUAUUGAGAAGCGCAAGGCCGCCGAGGGCCACGCAAAGUUCAACCGGCUGGGCUGGAAACGCCUGACCAUCGUGCUCAUUGUCGAGGCCAUCGCUCUUGGCUCGCUGUCUAUCCCCAACGCCUUCGCCACCCUGGGCAUGGUCGCCGGUGUCAUCCUCUGUGUCGGUCUCGGUUUCGUCGCCAUCUACACCUCCUACGUCGUCGGUCAGGUCAAGAUCGCGUUCCCGCACGUCACGCACUACGCCGAUGCCGGCCAGCUGCUCAUGGGCAAGUUCGGCUACGAGCUCGUCGGUGUCAUGUUCGCGCUCCAGCUCAUCUUCCUGGUCGGUUCGCACAGUCUGACGGGUGCCAUCGCCUUUGGCAAUAUCACCGAGAACGGCGCGUGCUCCCUCGUCUUCGGUAUCGUGUCUGCUAUCAUCCUGUUCCUCCUGGCCCUGCCCCCGUCUUUCGCCGAGGUCGCCAUCCUGGGGUACGUCGAUUUCGUGUCCAUCAUCCUCGCCAUCGGUAUCACGAUCAUCGGAACGGGUGUUCAGCAGAGCCAGGGCCUGAUCCCCGCGUCAGACUGGUCCGCGUGGCCCAAGGAGGGGCUGACCUUCGUCGAGGCUUUCAUCGCGCUGGGCAACAUCAUCUUUGCCUACUCCUUCGCAGUCUGCCAGUUCUCCUUCAUGGACGAAAUGCACACCCCCAAGGACUUUGUCAAGUCCAUCUGGUGGCUGGGCAUGAUCGAGAUGAUCAUCUACACCGUCACGGGCGCCCUGAUCUACGUCUUUGUCGGCCAGGACGUCAAGUCUCCCGCUCUGCUGUCCGCCGGUACCCUGCUCUCCAAGGUGGCCUUCGGCGUCGCCCUUCCCGUCAUCUUCAUCUCGGGCUCGAUCAACGGCACCACGGCCGGGCGGUACAUCCACGCGCGUAUGUACAAGGACUCGGUGAUCCGCUUCAUCAACACCAAGAUGGGCUGGAUCACAUGGUCCGUUCUGAUCGCCGUCAUCACCCUCAUCGCAUGGAUCAUCGCCGAGGCCAUCCCCUUCUUCAGCGACCUGCUCUCCAUCUCCUCGUGCCUGUUCAUCAGCGGCUUCACCUUUUACUUCCCCGCCUGGAUGUGGUUCAAGCUCAUCAAGAAGGGCAAGUGGUACAGCAAGGAGAACCUGCUGCUGGCUAUCACCAACGGCAUCAUUUUCAUUAUGGGUAUGGUUAUUCUGGUUGCCGGUACCUACGCCAGUGUUCAGGAUAUUAUCGACCAAUACCACGAGGGAACUGUACGAGGCGCUUUCACAUGUAGCCCGCUGUCAUAGAGUGGGCAAAGGAGGAAAGAUAUUUAAAUGUGCACGAGGUUCAGGCCCAGGGACUUGACCAGGCUUGGCUUCUGCCGCUAUCAAACCCCCAUGUUAUGGCAUGUUGGAGAUGCCACCUGGGGUAAUUAAAUGUAUAUACAACGAGACGAAUGAAUUACACGAACAUC